CAACACGUAACACAAGGCUCCGUUUGGCUCUUCCACAUGUCUUUGCGCCACCGCAGAUUAUGAAAAUCCUUUUUCUUUAUUUUUUUUGGCCUCCGAUGAAAACAAAGACUAAACCCAUCUCCAAUGGCUUACUUUCCUCAUGGGGUUGACCCGAUUAUCGUGGUUUUAGGCCUCUGAGAUCUCCACAAUCCUCGUCCUUCUUCUUCUUCUUCUGAGCCACAAAAUCAGUACUUUCUUCAGACUACCAAGCGUGUCACCCUUCAGAAGACUUCUUUCCAAACUAUGAGUGCAGAUUCAAAGGUAUCCACUUCAAAUGGCUGUGACAACCCUUUGAUGUCCGAAGGACAGCAGGAAAAGAUUAAUGAGAUCAGAAGAUUGCUCGGGCCAUUGCCCGAGAAGCUGUCAAUUUAUUGUUCUGAUGCAACAAUCUCUAGGUACUUAAGGGCGCGGAACUGGAAUGUAAAGAAAGCAACCAAAAUGAUAAAAGAAACGUUGAGAUGGAGAUCGGAAUACAAGCCAGAGGCGAUUAGAUGGGAUGAGAUUGCUUCUGAGGCAGAAACAGGAAAAAUUUACAGGUCAAAUUAUGCAGACAAGCAUGGGAGAACAGUUCUCGUCAUGAGACCUGGUUGCCAGAACUCCAAGUCAGUAAAAGGACAAAUUAGGUACUUGGUGUAUUGCAUGGAGAAUGCUGUUAUUAAUCUGCCACGACACCAGGAAGAGAUGGACUGGCUGAUUGACUUCAAGGGUUGCAGCUUGUCAAAUUUCUCAAUCAAGGCAACACGGGAAACAGCUCAUGUUUUGCAAGAACACUAUCCUGAGAGGCUGGGUGUUGCGAUAUUAUAUAACCCGCCCAAGUUCUUCGAACCAUUCUGGACGGUGGUAAAACCUUUUUUAGAACCCAAGACUGCCGACAAAGUAAAAUUUGUUUACUCAGAUGAUCCUAAAACCCUGAAAAUAAUGGACAACCUAUUCGACAUGGACCAGCUCGAGUCUACCUUUGGCGGUAAAAAUAAAGCAGAUUUCGACAUCAAUAAGUAUGCCGAGAGGAUGAGAGAAGAUGAUAAGAAGAUGCCAUUAUUUUGGGUGACAGGGAAUGCUUCCGAAGUCUCCCAUCAACCAUCCGUCACAACUGCCGCUUCUUUGGACCCCGCAAAGCUCGAGUUGGAUUCAGAUGGAUCAAAUGAGAAAGUGGAAAAAUCUUCAUCUUAUGAAGGUGAUGCGGAGGAAAACUACCCAGAUGAUAAUCUGGCCGCGAAAACUAGUAUUAGCAGCAUUGCCGUUGCCGAAGUUAAAGUUGUAUAGAUUACAAGCUACAACAAACCACGUACUGAAAAUGUCAAAAUUCAGUCAACUCACGCUCUCCAGAAGAGCUAAUAACGCUUCCCGGACACUUGGGAGUCACCAAAGUAUGAGUCUAUACACUUGCUCGCAAAUAUUGGAUCGUCGAAGACCUGAUUCCAUUUCUAAAUGAACUCAUUGAACUGCGACCUGUAUGAUUUAGUCUUGCUGACUGGUAGUGGAGUCGAAAUUGCAAGAUCCCAUUUCCAUUGUUCAUUGACAUUCUGAACUCUUGUUUUCUGGGCAAUAAAAAGGGCAGUAAGUUUCGCUUUCA